GGAGAACUUUGAGUAUAUCGAGUACAUAUUUCACUAAUUUUGCUCAGUUUAUUACUAAACUAAUGGGUCGAUGAGGGGCACUUCAACCCCUCCACCUGAACCUGGGCACCCAUAUCUUCGAGAAACGCACAGAGACAAGUCAUGCAAAGGCUUUCUCUCAUAUCAUGGAACAUCGACGCCUUCUCCUUGCGGGCCAUCUCACGCACCAAACUCAUCCUCAGCCAUAUCCUCGAGGGACCGAAAUCUCCUAAUAUCAUCUUUUUCCAAGAAGUCACGCCCGAUGUUCGCACCUCUCUCCUGAAGGAUGCGAGAGUCCGUGCUGCCUUCCUGGCGACUGAUGCCGAGGACCAAACGUUGUCCGAGAAAGUACCCUUUGCAACCAUGAGGUUGCUGUCCCGCGCGCGGUUUACCUCUGGCCUGUAUUUGCAGAAGGAAGAUGAUGGGAUCGAGGGAGGGGAAAAGUUCAUGCUCGGGCGCAUCUCCCGAGUAACACUCCCGAGCAAAUCAUCCCCUCCAAGCGCGCCGGGCACAUUCUUCCGUCUCAUCAACGUGCACCUUGACUCGCUCGGGGAUACGCCACAUUACCGCGCCCAGCAAAUGGAGAUACUGGCCAACACCCUGCGCAAGCCAGGAUGCGGUGGCGGGAUCGUUGCGGGUGACUUCAAUGCCAUCAGCCCCGAGGAUGAUGGGCUUGUCGACAAGAACAAAUUGGUAGAUGCGUGGGUCGCAUUGCAUGGGAGGGGAGACCCUGAUGGAGCUACGUGGGGUGUUGGCGUGGAACAGCGGGACGGACUGGGGUCAGGCAG